UAUUGAACAACAAUGAGUAGAAUAAACAGACAGGUGCUCAGUAUCUCAGUCUGGGCUGAUACAGUAUCAAUAGGUAAUAAACAAUACACUAUAUAAAAAUAAUGUGAGGAUAUACAGAACAAGUAUAUUGCAAAAUUCUGAAUCAUACACAAAAUCAAUGAGUAAAACAAACAACAAAUUAAAUGACAAGGGGAAAAGGGUUUAUUUCUCUUUGAAUAGUUCUUCAUAUAUUUUGACAGUUUUGUUACAUUUAGCUGAUUUUAACAGCUGUACUGUUUUAAUAUUCUCUAAAAAUUCAGUUGAAAAUCUGAAAAAAUUUGGGGAAGUUUUUGCAAAUCUGCAUUUGUGGAUAUGAAACUUGCCAAAUAGAAUCAAUAAGUUAACUAUAAAUUAAAUUUUCUUGUUUUCGUGAUCAAAACAAGUGAUGACACUUUUACAGUGAAUUUUGACAUAUUUCGUUUUACACAAUAUAUAUCUCUCAGUAUCUUUUAGAGAGAAAAGAGAGAAAAGAGAGAAAAGAGAGCACGAUGUCUUAAGAACUGUAACAAGUACAAGCCUUGAAUAAACUCUGGCUUAAUAUGGGUUCCUUAAGGAAUAUAAAGUAAUAGAACCUCUUAGAAUCUUAAGCACCAAGUCAGAGAUGUAAACCCUAUUUGACCAGAAGUUUAACAUCUUAUUAACACACCUCAAAUAAUGAACUUGGACACGUGAUGUCAUUAUUCCAUCCUCAUAGAGAGGGAUGUACGGUGUGAUCAGAGUUAAGUGUUGCUGUGAGUCUCUUUAGACAGACUCUGCAGUAAUUCUUCUACCGUCGAUGAUCACCUCAGCUGUAGUUUUCUUCUCUUCUUUGCUUUGCUUUGUCAACAAGAGGCCAAAGUUUUUUUUCGACAUUGUCUCUCCGAGUAUGUCAAGUCCUCAGCAAGUCGCAGACUCUUGUCCUUCCUCACAGUGACGCACAGUGACGCACAGUGACGCUCACUGACGCUCUCCUCAUCCUCUGUUGAAGGUGCACAUGGUGAACUGAAUAAUCACCGGGCGUGGGCUCCUGUCUUCCCUGGGGCGUCCGAUCCGAUGUACAGUUUCGAUGAGGAAACCCAGCUUGUUUUUCUCCUCUGGAACCAGUUGCUCUGCCUCGUAGUUUCGGCCACGUUAACCUUGUGUCGUCAUCAGUCAGCGCCGUGUUGUUGACAGUAAAGCGAGUGAACAGUAAAGAUCGGAGAGUAGAAUGAGGAGAAAAGUGAACGAAGUGUUGAAUUAACGGAGCAGCUGCUGACGGUUUCUGCUCGCUCCACACAGAAUGAGUCGAGAUGAAGAGACCAAAGCUGGCUGGAGUUUUCCUCUUUGUGGGCUGCCUGCUCGCCUACCUGAUGUUUGUGAAGCGUCACUACGCCGUCUCCAAGCCUGACGCAUACAGACUACCUCCCCACCACCAGGCCGGCUCCGACCUGACCGGAGACGACAGGCCGGCCUCCGCUGCCCGACAGAGCUUCCAGUAUGGCAUCAUGUUCGACGCUGGGAGCACUGGGACCAGAAUCCACAUCUUCAAGUUCCAGAUAGAGGAGAAAGAAGCUCCUCAACUGGCCCACGAGACGUUCAGGGCCAUCAAACCUGGCCUGUCUGCGUAUGCCGACGAUCCUGACAAGUGUGCGUCAGGGAUCGUGGAGCUGUUGGAGGUUGCGAAGUCGAGCAUCCCCCCCCCCAUCUGGAACAUCACCCCUGUGGUCCUGAAGGCAACGGCCGGCCUCCGUCUGCUGCCUGGAGAGAAGGCCAACCACCUGCUGGACAAGGUGAGGGCGCUGUUCCUGGAGUCCCCCUUCCUGUCCAGAGAGGACAGCGUGUCCAUCAUGGACGGCACUGACGAAGGGAUUUCUGCGUGGAUCACUGUCAACUUCCUCAUCGGUGGUCUUCACAGUGCUGACUCACCCACAGUGGGAAUGUUGGAUUUGGGAGGCGGGUCGACUCAGAUCACCUUCAGCCCUCAGGACGAGAAAACCAUCCAGACCUCACCCAUCGACUACAUCAGGUCUUUCCAGAUGUUCAGCAACACACACACCGUCUACACUCACAGUUAUCUGGGUCUGGGUCUGAUGUCGGCUCGACUCACCGUCUUAGGAGGCGUCGACGCUUCGCCCCUGGGGGGCAGCACGGAGCUGGUCAGCCCCUGCCUUGCCCCAGAGUACUCAGGCAGCUGGGAGCACGCUGACGUCGUCUACACUGUGAAGGGACAGAAAGCAGGGGAGCCGGUUUACGAGGCGUGUCUGACCAAAGUGGAGAAAGUUCUGUACAGGAAGGUGACGAAGGCGUCUGAAGCCGCAGACAUUGAAUUCUACGCGUUCUCCUUCUACUACGACCGCGCCGUCGACCUCGGAGUCAUCGAGGAGAAGAGAGGAGGAACCAUUAAAGUGGCCGAUUAUAUGGAAGCAGCCAGGAGAGUGUGCAGCAGUCCGUCCACCAGUCCUCUGCAGAGUCCCUUCCUCUGUCUGGACCUGGUCUACAUCUCAGUCCUGCUGCAGGAGCUCGGGUUCCCCCCCCACAAACAGUUCAAGCUGGCGAGGACGAUCAACCAGGUGGAGACCAGCUGGGCUCUGGGAGCCACUUUCCAUUACAUCCAGUCCCUGAAGAGACACUGAAGGCUUUUAUUUUGAAAACAUCCUGAAUGUUGUGAGGACUUCCUGGAUAUCUCAGACUCACGGUACAGAAGCUGAACUGAACCUGGAUCUCUGUGAAGACUGAGACCUGCAGAUGACCCCCCCCCCCCCCCCCCUUGGCUGGUCCAGGUGGACUCGGCCUCACCUGGUCCAGGUCUCAGUCUGAGGCCGAGUCCAGAUCACAUGACCUCAUGGAGACACUCCACCACAAACACUCAGAGACCCAGAUGAGAUUUUGUCCUCAACUUUAUUUAUCCGCAGUAAUUAAAACAUCCAGGAAGUUUAAUUAACCUUUGACCUUUGACCUCUGAUCAUAUUUUCUAUAUUUAAUCGUCUCAUAUAUUUUGUUGGUGAAGGAUGAAGCUGGUGUUUUUAUGUUUUUAUGUUUAAUAACUUACUGAUGGUGAAUGUUUGAAAUGGACGUGUUUUAGAGGAUGAAAACCUGAACCUGGCCCGACGGACCUGAAGGACCCGACGAGACCCGACGGGACCCGACGGGACCCGACGGGACC